AUGUCAAGUAGAAGUGAGCCAAUAUCUCCAUCUAUAUUCUUGCACCACAGGCCGUCAACUUAUGGACUAUUAGGCCACGAAAACCACGAAAACCAAUCCAUCCCUAUUAACCCAAAUUUACUUUGGUUUACCAGCCCAUAUAUGGAAGAUAAAUUCAUCAAAAGCAUUUAUUGCGACCGUAAGGACCAUAAAACACUUUCAUUAGAGUUCAGAAGUACCUUACUAGUGUUUUAUUUAUAUUUAACCCUUUAUAUCACGAUCUUGAUAGCUUUUUCUAUUUUACUGAAUGCAGAUAACGAAAUGGCUGACUCAAAUUUAAGAUUUCAACUGAUUUUCCUAUCAGCUAUUCUGAUUAUUUCUUACAUGAUUUUAUAUUCUUUUCAUAAAAGCACUUUUUGUUUAUACCAUUGCAGAUUUUUUUUAAUGUUACUGGGAUUUUUGUUUUUGAUAUAUUUAAUAGUAGGCGAUGAAAGGGUUUUAAGCGGGAUGCUAUCAGAAGAUUAUCAUAAAAGCUCGAUUCCAAGCACACUUGGGGUUAUUUGUUGGAUUAUUAUGAUGAGAAAUAUUUUAUUUGAUAGCUUUUAUUUGGUAGGGAUUCUUUGUGUUUCAAGUAUAGUGCUGUUUUUGUCGUUUUCGCUUUCGUAUUCUCCUUUGAAUGAUUAUUCUAUUAUUGCGGAAUGUGCAAUAAUGGUCUUGUUUUUAGGGCUACAAGUGAUAGAAGCACAUAAAUUUGAUUAUAGGUCAAGGCAACUGUUUUACAGAGCUGAGAGAGAAAGGGAAAAUUUUUAUAUACCAGAAGUCGAUGUGAGUAUGCAAGAUGUGAUUAAGUCAGAAAUUGAGCACCUUGUAAAUUCUUGUGAUUCAAUCAAAAACGAUAUAUAUUUUAAAAGAGAACACACAUAUUUUAUAUAAAUGAUUUAUCUUAUUUUUGUAAAAAAUAGUAAAAGUGGUCAAAUAAUAAAGCACUUACUCCCCCCCUCCGUGAGUGAGAAAAAUCGCUAUUUUUUGCCUAAAAAUCCACCCUCCGUGAGUGAACAAAAUGUUUUUUAAUAGAAAAAUUUUUUAUGGAAAAAAAUUUUGAUAUAUAAGUGAUAAUUAGCAUAACGAAAUCUAGAACUAAUUCUGUUUAAUUUUAAACGAAUUGCUUUUUAAAACAUAAAUUUUAUAAGUUAAAUUAAUAUUUGCUUUCCAAUUUUUGCAAAUUAGGAUUUUUUUUAAAUUUCGAAAAAAACAAUUUUUUAUAAAAUUUAUAUAUAAACUUUUUUAAAAAAAAAAAAUUAACCCCCCUCCGUGAGUGAACAAAAUUUUUUUGUUCACUCACGGAGGGGGGGAGUUAGCAUUAGAUUUGGAAUAUUAAAUACGGCUACUCUGUUGUUAUGUUCAAAGACGUUAAAAACAGACUAAAAAACGCAAGCAUUGAAGUAGAAAAAGUUAAAAGAAGAAUCGCCCAUGGGCAUUAUUAUAAAGAAAUCAGAUUUCAAGAAGCCCCAGACAUUGAUAAAGAAGACAUAGAAUUUAUUAACCAAAAUUACAUGGAAGUCCGUCAGACCCAAGACGCUUUUGAAAUCAUGGUCCCCAAAAAGUUCACAUUUACAGAGGAUGAAACCAAAAAUAAAAAAGCUUUUCCCUUUAGAAAUUACGGCGCUUCUGAGCUUGAAAGUGUCCUAUCCACAAUCGGCAGAAACUGAAAUUUUGAUAUAUGAUUUAUCUAUAACGCUACUGGAAGCAGUAUUUUUGUAAUUGCAAAAUACCUUCUAAAAAAAUGGAAUUUAAACGAAACUUUUAAUAUUCCAGAAAGCGUGAGCGACUUGUACUUCAAAACAAUUGAAAAAGGGUACAAUAAAAACCCUUAUCACAAUGCUUGCCAUGCAGCAGAUGUGCUUCAUUGUGUGCUGUUUUUUAUCCAGCAUAGUAGUCUUCAUGUAUAUUUAUCAGCACUUGAUAUUUUAUCCUCAAUUAUUGCAUCAUUAGGCCAUGAUGUUGGACAUCCUGCUUUAACCAAUCGGUAUUUGAUAAAUAAUCAUGAUGAGCUUGCAUAUCAAUAUAAUGACCAAAGUGUGCUAGAAAAUAUGCAUUGCUCUAAUACUUUUACUAUAAUGCAAAAAUCAGGAUGCAAUGUUUUAGAAGGAAUUACGAGCAGUGAUUGAUUUAAGGCAAGAAAACUUAUUAUAGACAUGAUAUUAGGAACUGAUAUGUCGAAGCAUUUUGAGCUUUUAGGCAGAUUUAGGACAAGAGCAAUUAAUUUAUCAGAUUUAGAUAUUGAAAAAGCAGAUGACAAAGUGAUGAUACUAGCAAUGGCAUUAAAAUGUGGAGACAUAGGCCACAGUGCCAAGGUAAAAGAUCUCCAUGAAAAAUGAAGCCAGCUGGUAUGUGAAGAAUUUUUCAACCAAGGGGAUUUAGAGAAGAAAAACAAGCAGCCAGUUUCUAUGUACUGUGACAGAGAUACCACAAAUAUACCAAAAAGCCAAGCUGGAUUUAUAAAAAAUAUCUGUCUGCCGUUAUUUGAAGUAUGAUGCAGUUAUUUGAAAUCUGACGUAUAGCCCCUGAAAUUAUUUAGAUCAUUAUUGGCCAUCCUUUUAAUUUCCAAAAUUAAUUUGUACUUGUCAGCUUUUUUGAAAAGUAAAAACGAAAAUGACAAGUCUCCGUUUUGGUUUUAAGGUGCCUAAUCAGACUUAUACUGUAUAAAGAAGGUGCCUUGUACCAUAUUUUUUCUGGUCGGUAUUCUGCUGGGGUAUAGAGAUCUAUUAAGGUGCAUGAGCUAUAAUUAAUACCCUUGUACUUGAGCAAAUGAAAAAAAAUUUAGCAAUGUGGGAACAUAAAUCAGUAGGGAGAAGAGUAACACAAAAAAUUUACCAAUCAGAUGAAAACAGUCAGGAGAGUUUUGAGUGGCAGCGGCAUAUUAGUAUAUCGUAUGAUCAAAUGAAUAAGCCUACAUUAUAA